CCCUCUAGACACAAUGAAUAUAGUGGGCUUUUUCAGAGCUGUACAAAGCAUAAGGCCUACUUCGAAGGGAUCCGAUCCGGGACAGCAACUUGACAAAAAGAUCAAUCCCAGUUUACAGGCAAUCAUGGAGAGUAUAAAUGCUACGCUACAGAAGCACUCUGCCUCGCCGGCCCAUACUUCCGUCGCCAUCUCCCUCACACCUCUGUUAUUGACACCUCUUCCGACACCCUUCUGGCGCCUUUACGCAUACGUGUUGUAGAAAUCCCAAAAUGGAGUCUAGUAGACCUGCAAACCCCCCCAAUCCGGAGUCGGGCGAGUCGGCCCCUCCCCCCCAUCUGGAGAAUAUGCCCGUAGAGCUGUUCUGGCAGAUGGCGCAGCACCUCCCGGUUGAAACCCUGACCAGCCUCCGCACAGUAUCCCGGAAGGUAAGCGCCAAGGCACUGCAGCCCUUCGCGCAGUGCGGCUUGCGCACUCUGUCGAUGACCCUCGAUGCGCGGGGCUACGACAAGGUGGACGAGAUCGCCAAGCACGAGUUCUACCACAGAUUCCCCCAGCGGCUGGCCGUGUAUCCGCCGGAAGCCCCGUGCGACAGCUUCUGGACGGAUGCGGCGCUGCGCAAGCUGGGCCAGACCCUGGAGCACCAGCUGGCGCGGUGCCGGGAGAUGGUGCUCUACUACGGCGCGCCGGACCAGGCGGACCGGAUGGACGACAUGCUGAGCCUGCACGCGCUGUGCCGCAUGCUGGCCGUCAGCCAGAUCCCGCUCCGCUACCUGGUGCUAUUCCGGCGACAGGCGCCCGAGCGCCGCGCCAUCCAGCUCCUCGACUGGCCCCAACCGUACCUGCCGCCAAACAUCUCGGGCAUCUGGACCGAGCUGCGCCAGCUGCACGUCUACGAGCCCGAGGACAACGGCGCCAUCGAGUACCUGCGGGUGUUACUGCCGGAGAUCCUGCAGAACGCUUCGCAGCUCGAGGAGUUCAAGCACGUCGUCUCGCCGCAAGUGUUCUUUCGCUCCUACGUGAUCCCCCUGCGCUGCGCGAUCUGGGCCGGUGAGGAUCCGUCGCUGCGUGCGCCCGCGCCGCUCAAGCGGGUCGAGGUCGCGGGCUCGUACAUCAACCUCGAGGACCUGAUGGAGUGGCUGGGAAGGUACGGCCCGACGCUGGAGCGCGUGCAGAUCUGCGUGACGUACGCCCACGGCAGUGCUACGCUGUGGUCGGAGGUGCUGAAGCAUAUGAAGGAGGUCUGUCCCGUGCUGCAGUAUGUGUCGGUCGUGACGUGCCGGCGGUCGCUGGGCUGCGUGGAGUCGGAGGACCGGGGCCAGAUAUUGGAGGCCUUGGACCGGAUGAUUGAGACGGCGGAACAUGCGGGCAUUUAGGUUGUAGCCGUGUUCGUAGCCGUAUUUCGUAGCCAGCUUUGAAGCGACGUCACGGAUGUAGAUCGUACCUCCUUUGCCGUAUUUCAUACAUCAACAUGAUUGAGAC